AUGAAAGUUGUUGAGACGGGAGAAGCUCGUGACGAGUUUCUAGCUUGUCUUGACAAAGGGUUGGACUCAGGAAAAACUGAAGAACAGGCAAGACAGGAGUGUAGCUCCCAGUUAAAAGCUUUUGAAGAAGUCUGUCCGGCGUCGUGGGCAAGACAGGAGUGUGGCUCCCAGUUAAAAGCUUUUGAAGAAGUCUGUCCGGCGUCGUGGGUCACGCGUUUUGUAAGACAGCAUAGCUUCCAACGGUAUAAACAGACGCUUGCAGAACAAGGUGUAAAUAUUGCCGACCAGAAUGCUCUCGGUGACGAAAAGAACUAG